AUGGAACAUCCAACACCAUUCAGGACAUUUUCACAACAGUCCACGAUGUCAGGGAGCUCAUCAAUUGGUUCAAUUCCCCCAUCCAGAACCGUCUCACAAAGUACACUUAAUAUCAGCAACUUUAAUAAACAAAGUACACCAAAAGAUCAUUUAUAUUACAAAUGUGAAUCUUUAAAGAGAAAGCUACUGAAAAUUCCUGGUAUGGAACCAUUUUUAAAUCAAGCAUAUACCCAAGCAGAACUGUUUAGUGAACAACAAGCAUUAGCAUUGGCUCAGGAAAGAAAUAAUGCAAAUGGUAGCAUGCAUCACCAUUCAUCAUUAGAUGGUGCUAUGAAUAGACUUUCUGUCAGCUCAGAUAAUAGUUUAAACCAAGGUUCUUUGACAAGAUUAACUACCAAUGUAUCUUCGUCUUCAUCUAUUGCCAAUUUGCCUACCAACAAUAAUUUAUUUACAUUUACUGCAGGGAUAUUACCUGCAAAUAUUAGUGUGGACCCAGCUACUCAUCUUUGGAAGUUAUUCCAACAAGGUGCACCUUUAUGUGUUCUCUUUAAUUACAUCAUUCCAGAUUAUCAGAUCCCAGUUAUCAGCUCAGACGAUUUGCGAAUCUGUAAGAAAUCGGUUUACGAUUUCUUGAUCGCUGUUAAAACCCACCUCAAUUUUGACGAUGAAGAUAUGUUUACCAUCUCCAAUGUAUUUUCCGAUAAUACUCAAGAUUUACUUAAGAUUAUUGUGGUGGUCAACAAAUUAUUAUCAGAUUAUUCCAAAAACAGUGACUCCUCUAUUGAUUUGACGAGUUGUGACGAUGUUAACAUGGAUGUCGCAAUCACAGAUGAGAGGUCUAAAGUUUUCCGUGAGAUUAUUGAAACCGAGAGAAAGUAUGUUCAGGAUUUAGAAUUGAUGUGUAGAUACCGUCAAGAUUUGAUUGAUGCCGAAAACUUAUCUUCAGAACAAAUUCAUUUAUUGUUUCCUAAUUUAAAUGAGAUUAUUGAUUUCCAAAGAAGGUUUCUUAAUGGGUUAGAGUGUAAUAUCAACGUACCAAUAAGAUAUCAAAGAAUCGGUUCUGUUUUCAUACAUGCCUCUUUAGGUCCGUUCAAUGCAUACGAGCCGUGGACCAUUGGCCAAUUAGCAGCUAUUGAUUUAAUUAAUAAAGAAGCUGUCAACUUGAAGAAAUCUUCAAGUUUGAUUGACCCUGGGUUUGAGUUGCAAUCGUACAUUUUGAAGCCAAUUCAGAGAUUAUGUAAAUACCCAUUAUUGUUGAAAGAAUUGAUCAAACAUUCACCGGAGUCUUCAAAUGAGGAAUUGCAAACAAAUGCUUCAUCGGCAGCUUUCAAUGAGUUGUUGGUUGCCAAUACUGCCAUGAAGGAAUUAGCAAAUCAGGUUAAUGAAGCACAAAGAAGAGCAGAAAAUAUCGAGCAUUUGGAGAAAUUGAAGGAAAGAGUUGCCAACUGGCGUGGUUUUAACUUGGAUGCGCAAGGUGAAUUGUUGUUUCAUGGAACUGUGGGAGUUAAAGACUCGGAUACUGAAAAGGAAUAUGUGGCUUAUCUUUUUGAAAAGAUCAUUUUCUUUUUCGUAGAGAUAGAGGAAAAGAAGACUGAAAAGGUUGAAAAGAAGAGCAAGUUUUCUACAAGAAAGAAAUCAUCUGCAAGUUUCAGUUCAUCUACUGCUAAUUUAUUGGAAAGUAUAAAUACCAGAAAGAAUAACGCUUCACCUUUGGAAUUAAAAGGUCGAGUAUAUAUCUCAGAGAUUUACAAUAUAUCUGCACCAAGCAACCCCGGUUCUACAUUAAUUAUUGCAUGGUCAGGCCGAAAGGAGAGCGGAUCAUUUACAUUAAGAUACCGUGGUGAAGAGACUAGAAACCAAUGGGAGAAAUGUUUACGUGAUUUGAAAACUAGUGAAAUGAACUCCCAAAUCCACAAAAGACUACGUGAUUCAGAUCUGUCACUCAACACCAAUGAUUCGUCUAUCUAUGAUUAUACAGGAAUGGGGUCAUCUCCAACGACACAACAAAUGGUGCCACAACAUUAUGAACAACGUGGAUCUCAGGGAUCACGCCAUCAUUCUUCAUCAUCUACAUUGAGUAUGAUGAAAGGAAAUCGUGUUAAAUCCGGAGAUUUCAGCAGAGUUUCAUCUUCGUCAACUACUUUAGGUUCACUGAACAAUACCUACAAUAAUUCUCCAAAUACAACAGCGCCAUCGUCAUCUUCAUCCGAUUCCAGUAGAGGAUUACUGGAUGUUGCAUUGAAACUACUUUACAAAACAACGGAAUUAUCUGAACCAUUGAUUGUACCAGCACAGAUUGAAUUCAAUGAUUUGGUGCAGAAAAUCAUAUCUAAGGUAAUAAAUUCAAAUUUGGCUAGCCAAGAUGUUACAAUUGGAAGAUUGAGAUAUAGAGAUGAUGAAGGAGACUUUGUUAAUUUGAACUCUGAUGAUGACUGGGGUUUGGUUCUUGACAUGAUAGCAGGUGACGAGUCAUACCAAGACUUUAGUGAUGAAAAACGCUUAGUUACUGUAUGGGUAUCCUAA